GUUCAAUCGUGUCUGCGCGAGAACACACCGCCAAAACGGCCCAGGCACAGUCCGCAGUUCCUAGGCACAGUCUUCGUAUGUUGACGUACCAAAUAAUCAUGAGUUAGGUUAUCGGCCUCCGCAUCGGGCGACUCGGAAGCCCGCCGGGCGAUCGGCUACUUAUGCCCUCUGGGGCGUCCUCAUUGCAUCCAAUCGAGUAUGACGAGCGUCAUUGAGCAGACGCCACAGUGUUCCCUCACGUACCAGGAUGACGGGCGUGAGGAGAAGCUGCAACUGGUAGUGCAGCUCCCAGGCGUGGAAAGUGCCAACGAGCUGGAUGUGGUCGUGCGCCCGAACCACAUCUCCGUGCGCGUACCGGGCCGCUACUGCCUGGAGCUGCCAGUGGACCCGCCCGUGCUGGAGAAGCCGGAGCUGCUGCGCUUUGUGAAGAAGAAAGCACAGCUCAAGGCCGUCUUCGUGGUGGAUGAGGCCGCGGUGGCAGCAGCAGCGGCAGCACGACAAAAGCUCGCGGGGGCAGCCGGGGCAGCACCCUCAGCAGGUAAGGCCGCCGCGGCUCAAGGCGCCACGGCAAGUGCUGCAGCCAACGGCGCAGCAGGUGUGCGGGCCGCUGGCGCUGACAGCAGCACGGGCGCCGGGGCUGCAGCGGGCCACAGCGCAUCCUCGCGGCAGGUGCAUGACUCCUUUUAUGAGGACUUGUUGCCAAAGCCCAAGCAACAGCAGCAGCAGCAGCAACAGCAGCAACAGCAGCAGCAGAAACACUCAACAAGCACCAGCGGCGCCAAGCCCGCUGGUGUUGCAGCAGCUGCGGCCAGCAACGGGAAGACGUCGGGGCCGGACGCACAGCCCGCUGCGGCUGGCGCCGUUGCCGGAGGCGCAAGCAGCAAUGGGUUUCAUUUUGUAUUCCCUCCUGCUGCCGGUGCCAGCGGCGCCCAGAGCCAGAAGGCGCACCAGCCGGCAACGGGUGCCCAGCCCCAAGCGCCCCCUGGCGACAAGCGCCCACAGCAGCCUGCUACGAAGCAGCAGCCUGCGAAGCCCCCGGCAAGCGCCAAUGGCCCCGCUCACGCCGGGCCGCAGCCCGCACAUCCAUCUCAGCAGGCGGACCUGUACCAGAGCGCCAAGCAGCGGGCUAACGCGGAGGCGGCGGCGCAGUGGCUGGAGCGCGCGCUGUCGGCAGCUCGCGGCGGCGACGCGGCGCGGGCUGAGUUGCUGCUGGGGCGGGCUACGGGUCUCGCGGCGGAUGAAAAAGCUGCUGCAGCGCUGCUGGCCGAGUACAACGCGCGCUGUGACCCGCAACACCGCAUGCCGCGGUCGGCGUCACCAGAGGCGGAGGCAGAGGAAGCUGCUGACUGCGCGGCUGCCGGCGGCGGCUUCGGAUCCAGCGGAGCUGCACCGCCGCCGCAACAAGCGCGGCCGCAGGCGCAGGGCACGGAUGCGAGCGGGCGGCCGAGUCAACCGUACUCGUUCACCAAGCCCGAACCGGAGCGCUUCGUACCGAACCCAGGCAGCAGCGGCGGUGGGGCUGGCGGGGCAGCGGGAGCGGCGAAAAGCGCAAGCACGAGCGCACGGGCGGCGGGUGCCGCAGGGCACCAGCCGCAGGCAGACAGAGGCGGGUCGGCCGAUGCUCAGGGGCAGGGACAGGCGAAGGCUGGCAAGGCCCAGCCCCGCGGCGGCGCCUCGGGCAAGCCGGCUGCGGCGGAGGCCAAGCCCAGAGCAGCUGGGGGUGCGGGCAGCAACGGUGGUGCGCAGCAACAGCAACAACAGCAACAGCCGCAGCCGGGCGCGCAGCCGCGCAACGCGGGCGCCGGCUUCCGUCCAGAUUCCAAGGCACGGGGCCCGCCGCCGGGGGGGCGCGCUGCCGGCAGCGGCGGUGGUGCUGGGCCGGACGCUGACCGCGGCGCCUCACCGGACCACGAUGACGGCGGCUAUGGUGGCCGCGGCGCCAGUGCCGCUCCCCCGGCCGAGCGCAAGUGGGACUGGUGGUUCACAGGCACCAUGGAGGCUCUUAAGAGCGGGCUGGAGCCGUACGCCGGCCCAGGCGUGCUGGGCAGCGCGGUACAGGGGUUGUUCUACCUAGUGUACAUCAGCCUCACCAUCCCGCACGUCACCAUCUCCUUCCUGGCUGCGCUGCUGCACUGGCUGUACGAGGUGGCGGGCUAUCCGGAGGAGUCGCGGGGCCUGGAGCGAUACUGCACCAAGUACGCGCGCUGGAUGGUGGGCUGCGCGCUCGCCACGGGGCUUCCCCUGGCGCUCAUCACCUACGCCUGCAGCUUCUACAUCUGGCAGCUGGGGCGAUAUCUGACAAUCUUCCUGCUGUUCCCACCCGUGUGGCUGGCAGCGCUUCAGACGGUGGGCUUGUACGUGCUCAUGCCCAACACCCAGAAGGCGCCGAUGCUGUCCACCCUGGCGCCGGUGCCGCUGCUGCUCAGCAUCGCAAGCACCUGGCUGUGGCGGUCGGUGGGUCUGGCCGUGUACUAUGUGGGUCACCUGCUGGCGCCCGGCCGUACCCGCGCCGCAGCCUUCGCCGCCGCCGCGCUGCUCAGCUGCCGCAAUUUGGCCUGGUAUCAGGCAUUCCCGGCGGUGCUGUUGUCGUUCAUAAUCUGGCUGAUGCUCGCGGCGUCGGAGGCCAACGACCCCAGCAAAGCAAAAGCCUCCGGGGCCAGCGGCCGCAAAGCCGGCGCGGGCAGCGACGACGAGGCAGAGGGCGCGCGGCACGGGCGGCACGGGCACAGCACGCUGCACGACAUGUCUUCCGGCGGCAAACUGGCGCCGGAGCACGUCAAGGGGGCCACAGGCGAGAUCGCGCGGGUGCUGGCCGCUCGCGACCACUUCGCGGUGCUGGGCCUCAGCGCGGAUGAGGCGGGCUCGCUCACGGAUGAGGCUGUCAAGUCCGCGUACCGCCGCACGCAGCUGCGCGUGCACCCCGACAAGGCCGGACCCGACGCGCCAGGCGCCGAGCAGGCGUCCAAGCGCGUGAAUGAGGCCUACACGCGGUUGCAAACGGAGGCGGCGCGCAAACAGCUGCUGGAGGCGAUGCGGCCCUCACCCUUCGGGGCCAGCGCCGGGGCGGCGGGGCGCGGCGGCUCGGGCGGCGCCGCGGGGCCGUCCGCGGCGGGCUUCAGCCCGGACGCGUUCUCCAGCUUCGAAAUGCCGUGCUGGGGCUGCCAUGGCGUGCACGAGGCCAAGGUGUUCAGCACGGACUGCUCGCGCGCCCGCUACUGCAACGAGUGCAAGGGCCACCACCCCGCCUACGAGCACGAGGUGUGGGUGUGGGAGGACCCCAACGCUUUCCUGUUCCCGGAGCGCAAGAUGCUGCUGUGCGUCCGUAGCAUGGUGCUGGACAUCACGGACAUGGCCACAUGCUGUGGCAUGUUCACAGACGCCUACGGCAAGCGCCUGCGCGGCAACACCCACUUCGUGCAGUACAGGCUUGGCGGUGAGAGCGGCAAGGGCGCCGGCAGCGCUGGUGGUGGCGGUGGCGCCGGGCCGGGUACCUUCCGCGGGCGCGGGGAAAAGGCCGGUUCCAAGGGCCGCAAGGGCAAACGCAAGUAAUUCGUCAAAGGCGAGCGUGGCGCUGCAAGGUGGCCUCGCUGCCCUUGUGGUCGGCGCAGGCGCCGGCUGAUGGAAAGCUGCACCGCUAUGUCGAUCGGCCGCCGCAGUCGGGUCUUGCAUACAAGGUUGCCGAGUGCCGCAGCCUUCUGUGUGUGCAGGCAGGCGGGUAUGCCGGCGUGGAUCAAAUGAGGCAGCGUAGCGUGAGGUCGUCCGCAGGUGAUGCAUCACCACGCGUUAAGGAUUUCAAUUUGGGCGGCAAGUUGCGUAGUGGCGCUGCCAGACUAGGGAUUGGCUGGCAUGGGGCUGAUGUUGAGACUGGAGACACGCAUCGGGAUGACCGGCCGAGGCCGCGGAUGUGAAUGAAGUGUACCCCGGCCUAAUGUCCUUUGACGCCCGGGUGCGAAGGUGUAUGGCGGUAUGGUAUGUGUGGUGCAAAGCACAAGGAGAGAUGGUUGAGCAUAUGAGCAGUGAGCGAGAGUGUGGCGGUGACGGAAUGACUGGAUGGCGGUGCAUGCGCUCGCAAGCGCGCGACCAGGGGGGGGGUACGAACUAAACCUCCAGACCCCAUGUCCCAAAACCUCCCGACCCCCCCUCCGGACCGACCGACCGAACCCCACCACCGUGCAACCCCUCAAAA